AAGUAGCGGGCAUGUGAGAAAAUGAAUGAAAUGGAUGUGGUAAUUACUACUCUGCAAAAUAAAUAUCCUCGGUGGAUGCUUGCCCAGAGCCAAGAGGGAAUUCCGGGUGAUAAAAAGAAGUCUAACGUUCAGAGGAGCGUUCUGGAGGACGGACUGCCGUUCCUGGAGUUCUGUGGCUCCAUUGUUUACAGCUACGAUGCCAGUGACUGUUCUCUUCUCUCUGAAGAUAUCAGGGGGAGUUUAUCUGAUGGGGCUGCUGUUGGAUUUGAUAUUGAAUGGCCGCCAUCAUAUACUAAAGGAAAAAUGGCGAAAAUAGCUGUAAUCCAAAUAUGUGUAACUGAGGAAAAAUGUUACUUGUUUCACAUCUCUUCCAUGUCAGGUUUUCCCAAGGGACUCAAAAGACUGCUGGAAGAUGAAACAAUUAAAAAGGUUGGCGUAGGAAUUGAGGGCGAUCAGUGGAAGCUGAUGAGUGACUUUGAAAUCAAACUGAAGAGCUUUGUGGAGCUGGCUGACGUUGCUAAUGAGAAACUGAAGUGUAAGGAGAUAUGGAGCCUAAAUGGUCUGGUAAAACACCUGUUUGGCAAGCAACUUCUGAAAGAUAAGUCUGUCCGCUGUAGUAACUGGGAGGAGUUUCCACUGAAUGAGAAGCAGAAACUGUAUGCAGCUACAGAUGCUUAUGCUGGCUUCAUCAUUUAUCAAAAACUGAAAAACAUGAAUAGCAGUGACCAGAAAAUAUUUAGUUUAAGACGAGAUGAGAUGCUGUCAGAUGAUGUGAAGGAGCGUUUGACUUCUCUAGCUGAAGAGAUGGUGGAUCUGGCUACUCAUAUCCCUGGCUCUUCUGGACAACUUGGAAACUUGCAGAGAGCUGCAGAAAUAUUAGCUGAUAUAUCCGAAAAUGUAAAUGCUUUAAGAAGCACGCUAUUUGGUUCCAGCUCCGCUUCUGUAUUGGAGAGGAGCUGUGGUGCAGCUCCAACAAAACUUGAAGCAGAGUCCACAGAUGUUGAAGCAGAAAAAGCUGAAACAUCUGAAUUUCCUAAAAAACUUCAAGGUGACUUCAACAUCUGCUCAGAUGCUACGUUAGCUGGCUUCUGGAAGGGAGACGGUAACGAAGGAGAAGCAGAGAGUGAUAAUGCUGAGAAGAAAGAUGGGGCUGCAGCAGCUGGUUCUGAGGACAGAGCGGACAGAGAUGACUUCAUGUCACUAGACGUUACCGAGCACGAACUACAGAUGUUGGAGCAUCAGGCUGCAAAAGAAUUUCUAAAUGAAGCUAUGCCUGAGGAGGCAUCUUCCACAGAUAAUGAACAAAAUAUUUCCUAUGUAAUUGAAAGUGAUGAAGAACUGGAGAUGGAGAUGCUUAAAUCUUUAGCAGAUGUAGACAAUUCUAAAGUGGUUUUGGCUGAGAGAGAGUCCGAUAAAACUGGGAAAACCUCUGACACGGAGUUGAACCUUGCUCCAGAUGGUGAUGAAGAUGAACGCAUUGAGGAGGAAGAAGAAGAAAGUUGGGAUCCAUUGCUGCCAGUACCUACUGAAAGCCAAGUCGCAUGUCUGAAGACAUACUUUGGGCAUUCCUCUUUUAAACCGGUCCAGUGGAAAGUGAUCAGUUCUGUUUUAAAAGACAGAAGAGAUAAUCUUGUUGUCAUGGCAACUGGCUAUGGGAAAAGUUUGUGCUACCAGUUUCCCCCUGUUUACACUGGAUAUACUGGAAUUGUCAUCUGUCCUCUUAUUUCUUUGAUGGAGGACCAAGUGCUGCAGCUGAGAAUGUCAGAGAUUCCAGCCUGCUUGCUUGGAUCAGCUCAGUCGAAAAACAUCAAAGACGACAUCAAAGCGGGUCAUUACAGAGUCAUAUAUAUGACUCCCGAGUUCUGUUCGGGGAACUUAUCGUUGCUUCUGGAUCUUGACCAAACUAUUGGUAUCACGCUCAUAGCUGUUGAUGAAGCUCACUGCAUUUCAGAAUGGGGACAUGACUUCAGAAAUUCCUUUAGGAGUUUGGGCUUGUUAAAGAAGUCUCUGCCGUCGGUUCCUAUCGUUGCUUUAACUGCAACUGCAAGCCCUUCGAUUAGAGAAGACAUAGUGAAUUGUCUGAACCUGAAGAAUCCCCAGGUCACAUGUACUAGUUUUGACAGACCUAACCUGUACUUAGAAGUUGGACGACAAAGUGGAAAUAUCCUUAGGGAUUUGAAGCAGUUUCUUAUUAGAAAAGGAAGUUCCACGUACGAGUUUGAAGGACCCACUAUCAUCUACUGCCCUUCAAGAAAGGCCACCGAACAAGUUGUUUCUGAGCUGGUGAAAGUGAACGUGGCCUGUGGUGCAUACCAUGCAGGCAUGGGAAUCAAAGAAAGGAGAAAUAUCCAUCACCAGUUCAUGAGGGAUGAAAUUCAGUGUGUUGUGGCUACAGUGGCAUUUGGAAUGGGCAUCAAUAAGGCGGAUAUCCGGAAGGUUAUUCAUUAUGGUGCCCCUAAGGAAAUGGAAUCCUAUUAUCAAGAAAUUGGGAGAGCUGGUCGUGAUGGGCUUCCUGCUGCUUGUCAUGUAUUGUGGACGUCAGCGGACUUGGCUUUAAACAGACAUCGUCUAAACGAGAUACGCAAUGAAAAGUUCCGACUGUAUAAAUUAAAGAUGGUGGCAAAAAUAGAGAAGUACCUUAUCUCAAAUAGCUGCAGGAGGAAAAUCAUCUUGUCUCAUUUCGAAGACAAACAACUCAGAAAGGUCUCCUCGGGCAUCAUGGGCACAGAAGAAUGCUGUGAUAACUGCAGGACCAGAACCUCUCGUUUUGCAACUUGCAGUGACUCGGAAGGAAUUUUACAGGACUUUGGAAAGCAAGCCUACCAGCUGAUGUCUGCAGUGACUGCCCUGGAUGAGAAGUUUGGAACUAAAGCCCCCAUUUUGCUUCUCCGAGGGUCUAAUUCUCAGCGCUUGCCAGACAGAUACCGAAGACAUGCUCUUUUUGGCAGUGGAAAAGACUGGCCAGAGAACUGGUGGAAAUCACUGGCCCAACAGCUGAUAAAUGAGGGAUUUCUCAGAGAAGCCUCUGGGCAUAGCAAGUUUACAACUAUAUGUGCGCUUACUCAGAAGGGUAGAAACUGGCUUUUAAAAGCUGGAUCUGCCUCAAGUCCGAGCCUUCUCUUACAGUCUAGUGAAGACCUAAAUGUAAGGAAACCACCUAGAAGUGGCAGCCUCACUGUACGAAUGAUCGUCUGUCUGAUUCCAGUAAGAUUGAAUUCGUUUUCUUACUGCAGUAGACCUGCACCUGUGGUCUCUGAACAGCGCUCCCCAGAUGGGAAAGUAACAAAGCUUUCACCAGUCAAACAGAUGUCUUUGUAUGAAAUGUUUUCUACCGAGAGAAAAGGUAAAAUUUCUACAGGAAGCAAUGAGACACUUAACAGUGUCCCCGUGUGCUCACCAGUCAAAUCUUUUCCUUCAAAGUCCGUAGAACCUGAUGUUUCAUCUCGAGAAAAAGAACUACAGACUGCCCUGUAUGGCAAGUUGUUGAUGGCUAGACAGAAGCUAGCUAAUGAGAAGUUAAUUCCUCCAGCUGUCUUGGCAACCAAUAAGGUCCUGGUGGAGAUGGCCCAGAUAAGGCCUACGACUGUUGAGAAUGUGAAGAGAAUUGAUGGUGUAUCCGAAGCAAAAUCUACCAUGUUGGCUCCUCUCCUGGCUGAAAUUAAGGAGUUUUGCCAAGUGAAUAAUUUGCAGAUGGAUGCAUUCCCUUUGUCUGGAUCUAGAGACCAGAAAGAAACAACUCCCUGGAAGCGUGCUGGAACCCUCUCUCCAUCUGAGCAUGUCACGUAUGUCCUGUUCCAAGAGAAGAAUCUCUCCUUGCGGACUAUAAGUGAGAGCAGAUCUCUUCCUCUUUCUGAGGUUGGCAAUCACCUAUGCCGGGCAAUGAAAGCUGGCUACCCUGUCAACCUGGAACGAGCAGGUUUGACUCCAGAAGUUCAACAGAUGGUUUCUGAUGUUAUCCGUAAUCCUCCCAUUGACUCAGACACAGCCAAAAUUCAAGCAAUUAGAAAGCUGGUUCCUGCAGCUGUUGAAACGUAUCUCAUCAGGAUGACUAUCGCAGUAUUGGAGAAAGAGGAUGGAAGUAGGCCUCAGGAUGGUUCAGACAACAAAAGGACACUGGCAGGGUCAGGCAGGCAGCAAGAAAAAACGGGAGCACAUGAAGCAAAUGGGGAAAACACUUUGGGGACUGAAACAAAGGUUGGUAAGAGAAGUUACAGAACUGCUUUUGUAAAAAAGCAUGUUCUGCCUUUGUACGAGCAGGCUGAAAGCACUGUAUGUUGCUGGCAUUUGCAGAAGAGGUUUUUAGCGUUUCCAUCUUCCUGUUCCACUUUGUCCUGCACGUCUGAGCAAGACUGCCUCACUUCCUUCUGUGAGAGCAAACCUCAGGCCAGAACCAGAGGGUUCCCCUUGCAAACUACUGACCUAGGAAGAUGGCAGAUGCUGCCCCUAUGCAGCCCAGCUGCAGUCUGCUUAGUAUGUCACUUGGGCUGAGCUGUUCCUCUCUGGGACUCUCAGCUCAUGUGCAGCUCACGUGGGCCAUGGUCAUGCAGUCCAGAAAGGAUCCAGAAACUUAGUGGUCUGCUGCCUUAGAGCAUCAUAACUGCAGCUUAAUAGUGACCCCAGAGAGUAGGGACGAACACUUCCCGCUGUCCUCCAGGCCUUCAGGAAGUAGAUGUGAAAAGUCCCCUGUCAAAAUCUAGGAUCUAUAGUAGCUGGGAAAAAGUAGCUGGAGGAAAAAGUAGAAAUCUGAAGUUCUUCCCCAGUAUGAAAGCAUGGACCAUUUGUAGCUGCAAAGUCCAAGUUCUGUCCUCACCUCACUUCAAUGCAUUGGUACCUUAUGUGGGAAAAGUGAUCGCCUUUCUGCCCAGAAAGUCUUAAGACUCCAGGAGAGCUGAGAAGGUGAGAAAGCCAGUGGCGAUGCCUGCCAGGAUUGUCUGGCAAGCUGUAAUCGCAACCGAAAGCACCGUGCUGUAAGUCCGAGUCACUGAGAGGAAAUCUCUCUUCAGAGCAGGGAAUAAGGAGCUCUUACUUGCUGUUUGAGAAAGGGUAGGUUAGCUUUCUGAGCCUCAAGCUGGCCUCUGAAUAUCCCACCCAUCUCCCAAGUCCUAGCUCAGCACUUCCAUCAUGAGUCGCUCAGUGCAGGGUAGCCUUUUGAAUGGACUAUUGAAAAUAAAUUCCAAACUGAAUCUUUUUGCUGCCUGCGCUAGGAUUUAAUGUCUGUUAUUUACAGGAGUUUUAGUGUGUUUUUCAGCUCUGGUUCAAAUAAUUUUUUUUCAAGCCUUGCUAUUUCACCAAAUUGAUGGAUUUUCUUGCCUUCCUAAUCCCUUUUUUGGUUUCAUAAUAUCCAUGUCUGAGCUUUCUUCUUCCUGAAGUUGAUCCCCUGGCAGCUCAAUUGCUUGAGCUAUGAUUGCACUUCUAUAUAUUUUUUUUUUGUUAUGGUUAGCUACUGCAGCUAAUAACAGGAAUGAUACACUAUUAGAAGUCAAAUUAAUAUUAUAAGAAUGAGUAGACUGGGAAUCCAAAAGCUAAUUAAAAUCGUCUUCUGAAAGAGAUGAAAGUCAAUGAAGAUAUCCUUGUUCCAAUAACUCCCUGUAGGAAACAGCCUUGAAAAUCGCUAACGAAUGUUCUCGGAUUUUAACAACUUUACUUACUGCUGCU